UUGUCAUUCUUGACCCUCGGUGCUACCCGUACUUUCUGACAACACAACAAUGGCCGCUUCAACCAGCAGCAAAGUACCAGAACUAUCUAAAGCCGAGUACCUUAAACGUUAUUUAUCCGCCGACAAAGAUGCCAAAAAAGCUAAAGGGAAACUUAAAAAGAAACGGCGUAAAAUUCCCGAGAAGGGACUUAAAAUUGUCGACGAUGACAUAGACUGGAAACAGAUGGUUGUAGAGGACGAUCAGAGCGAAGAGGACGAAGAGGAAGCUCCAGUGAUUGCUGAGAUGAUUGAUGAUCGACCAGAAGAAGUGAAACAGCUGGAAGCCUUCAGGACUAGCAAUAGAUGGAAAGUAAUUGGAGCUGACGAAAAGGAAGACGAAGAAGAUGUGGACGGCAGUGAUCAUCAACAAUCCGAGCCUGUGGCAUCAAGCAGGACUCGUCAUGACUCUCCCGACAAAUCCCCUUCUAACAGAGGUCGUCAUGACUCUCCAGACUUCUCACCUCCUCGGCAACGCCUGGGAACAAGUAAAGAUGAGAAAGAUUCAUCUCCUGCCAGAAAAAAACCCAUUAACAAUCGUUCACCUAAUUCUCAACGUUCCCCACUGGCAAAGAGGGCUCAGAACAGGCACGAUUCAGACAUGGACCAGUCACCUCCGCGGAAAAAGGGAUUAAAGGGAGGAGCUUCAGACUCUGACCAAUCUCCUCCGAGAAGGCACGCAAAAACAAAACAAGGCUCUGAUUCCGACCAGUCGCCUCCCCGGAGACGGCCACGAAGUGAAAAUAACCCAGAUGAAGAUCUGUCACCACCUCGUAGGUCUGGCCAGUCCCAGGGUCCGAGGAUGCUUUCUGGUGGGAAGGCAGGUCUGGUUUCUGUAGAUGUUUUAAGGAAGGAGCAGGAGGAGAAUCGUCGCAACGAAAGAAAAAACCAACCACUAGAAGAUGAAUCCCGCAAUGCCCAGACGGUGUUCCGAGACAAGACUGGUAAAAGGAGAGAUUUGGAAACUGAGAGAGAAGAGAAGAAGAGGAAAGCUGGUGAAAAAGCAGCAAAGGACGAGAAAUACGCUCAGUGGGGUAGAGGGUUGGCCCAGGGCCAGAUGUAUCAGCAGAAACUUGAGGAUGCAGUAGUUGAAGCCCAGAAGCCUCUGGCACGUCACCGCGAUGACGAGGAUCUUGACCGCAUGUUGAGAGAGCAACAAAGAGAAGGAGAUCCAAUGGCUGCCAUGCUCAGAAAGAAAAAGGAGCGAAAUACCUCACACGACAAACCUCGAUAUAAAGGCCCACCCCCACCUCCCAACCGCUUCAAUCUUCUACCAGGCUAUCGCUGGGAUGGAGUUGACAGGUCAAAUGGUUUUGAAAAGAAACGCUACUCUCGAAUGGCCGAUAAAAAGGCUGUCCAGGAGGAAGCCUACAAAUGGAGCGUGGAGGACAUGUAAGGGCAAUACCAAACAGAUGGAGCGGAGCUGAAGAGUAGGAUGGUUCAUCAGUAGAGUUAGACAGAAUAUCUAAUCAAUUAUGUUAAGGCAACGGUGGAUUACACCCAUCUACUUCACAACACUGAUACUUUGAAAUAGACGAUUUACUUUAUUUUUCAAAGCUGGCUGAUACUGUACAGUGGUCUUCACACUAUAUGUGUUUAACCAUGAAAUAAAUUGAAUAAUUGUACAUAGCA